AUGAAGACCUCUAUGAUCAUCUUCUUCGUGACCUUUAUUGCAGUACUCUUUGUUGCCUCCGUGGCCGGGAAAAUAAGCCACGAGGAAGCUUGCAUAAGAAGAAACAUUGCCCGGUCUCAACCACAACCACCACGCUCUUCAUCAGCCAAACCUAAGAGAUCAAAGUUCGACUAUCUCGCGGACCAAUUCUGCAAUGACACUAGCCGUGCCAUCAUGUUCUACGUGAGGAUGAACAGAAAAUUCCCAUCUCACUACAUCAAGACGUUGUGCAAAGUUUUCUUAAACGAUCAAAAGAAGGUGAAGGAGUAUAUUGUGACCAGAUGGAUUGGAUCUUCUAAGCUUGCCUCUGGUUUAACUUGUGUUUCUCAUUGA